GUCAUGGAGGCGAUCUGGCUGUAUCAGUUCCGGCUGAUCGUCAUCGGGGACUCCACGGUGGGCAAGUCGUGUCUCAUCCGCCGGUUCACGGAGGGCCGCUUCGCCCAGGUGUCCGACCCCACGGUGGGCGUGGACUUCUUCUCCCGGCUGGUGGAGAUCGAGCCGGGCAAGAGGAUCAAGCUGCAGAUCUGGGACACCGCGGGGCAGGAGCGCUUCAGGUCCAUCACCAGGGCUUACUACCGCAACUCCGUGGGCGGGCUCCUCCUCUUCGACAUCACCAACCGCCGCUCCUUCCAGAACGUCCACGACUGGCUGGAGGAGGCUCGCAGUCACGUCCAGCCCCACAGCAUCGUCUUCCUAUUGGUGGGCCACAAGUGUGACCUGGAGGCGCAGCGCCAGGUAACCCGCCAGGAAGCAGAGAAGCUCGCGGGGGCUUACGGGAUGCGCUACGUGGAGACGUCGGCCCGCGACGCCAUCAACGUGGAGCACGCCUUCACCGAGCUGACCAGAGACAUCUUCGCUCUGGUGCGGUCCGGCGACAUCACCAUCCAGGAGGGUUGGGAAGGCGUGAAGAGCGGGUUCGUCCCCAACGUCGUUCACUCUUCGGAGGAAGUGACCAAGAGUGACCGCCGCUGUCUGUGUUGAUCUGGGAAGAGUUUUGGGACUGAAGGUGUAAAAAAAAAAAAAAAAAAAAAAAGGGGGGGAGGAAAGUGAUCCAGGAAAGGAUUCAGAGGAGAGGAGCUGACGGACUGCUGGAGUCAGCCCUCUGAUUGAAACUGCUGGAGGCCCUCUGUUGUUCUUUGAAGGGUAUGUUGGGAAGACUUUCAAUGAAGGAAGAAGAUGUGCAAGAGCUCUCAAGAGACCUUGAGAGCUGAAGGGUUGUGCCCAUUUCUGUAUACGUUGUAUUUCUUGGAGAGGAAGAACCACAGAUGCUCAUCUACUGGCGAGGGCUCCCAUGAUUCAAUUCCUUUAGUUUUGGGCUUCCGGCUUAGAAAUCUCUUCCUCAACGUCUUAGAAAAGGCCCUAGAAAGAGGAUCCAUUUUGGUUUCUUGCCAAUCAUUUUGGGUUGCCAAAAAACAAUGAAACUCGAGACUAAUCCGUCUUUCUCCCAUCUUCUUCACCUCGCCUCCCACUACUUCUUAAUAUUCUCCUCUCCUCCAAUAUGCAAUUACAUGAUCACAUACCAAACGAUCACUUUUUACGUUGGCGUCCAACAUCUUCCGAGCACAUACCAUUCGAAUAAAGUUCAGUCGGGCAUCCUCGAUAACAAGAGUCGGGAUUCUCUUGUGCUGACAUCACACUAUGAGAGGUCAAUGGAGGAGUCAUGGAGGUCCUACGUUUAAUGAGGGAAGAUUUCAAUGAAAUUGACAACAUGGUUAAAUCCUGUAUCAUUCUGCCACACUAUAACAAAACAUCGUCACUCAUUUAGUUCCUAAUAGACUCUUUAAUUGAGCAGGAAGAGACAACGUGUACAGCUUAACUGGCCGAGGUGGACUUGUUGGACUAGCUUAACAACACCUCACUGUCUGCUUUUAACUGAGGGUUUGUUAAGGUGGACUAACAGGAGGGUUGGAGCCAGAAAGCACCUCAACAGCCAAGUCCACCUUAAACGCAGAGCCUCAUUUGGGACCUUAAAAGAUAAACACAGUGGAGGUUCUUGAAAGCAAAGCAAACAUAGAGGGACCAGACCACCACAGACUCCAUAAACGAACAAUUAUUAUUAUCCACAAUGCACGGACGAUAUACUCAUGCAAAAAAAAUCAAACCAACCCAACCCAAAUACAGCCAUGGCGACACAGAGAUUACAUUUUGUCCUGAGCAAGUGGUUUACAUGCCUUUUUUAAAUUUGGGUGCGCAAUAUCUCAUCAAACCUUUAUUUUAAUUGUAAUAUACUGCAGUGCUACAGGUCGAUGUACUCGCCAUACUUACUUACACUUUGAAACUACACGUUUUGUAGCUUCCUGAUACCAAACAAAGCCAGCUCUAACUAAGACGCAACGAAAUAUUAUUGGCAAGGCAGUAUUGGAUGCAUUCUCGUCUGUCUUGGAGAGACAUACACUCAGUUGUUGGGGCACUAGGUCCACCUAGAUAAAAGCCAUGUUCAGUUUUUGUUGAAACUGGUCUAAAACUACAACUGUAUGAUCAUUUUGGAAGAUGUAUUUUGUGGUGCGGUUGAGUUGUAUUUCAUCAUACAGUGGGGUGUUUCUGUCUCUACACUCUUAGAAAGAGAGAAAUUAGAGAGGACGCCUUUCUUGAAGAAUAAGGGUUCAAUUAAGAACCCUUUUUUAAAGAAAAAGUUCAAUCCAGCCCCCCCUAUGAACCAUGAUUGUUGUGGGUUGCGCUGCAUCGCAUCAACCGCGGCCCUUUUCAGUUCUGGGUGAAGCUCUUCGAUUCUUCGAGCUCUUGGUAGAACCCCCUGAGAACUCUUUAGAUGUACCCCUUCCUGCUAGAAUUCCCUUGGUGGAUUCUAGAUA